UGAGAAUGAGGCCAGAUUGGUGGCAAUGAUAUCGCUGUCUGCGACCAUUUGGCAAAAAGAACCAUGUUGGUGCCUCAGGCAUCUCGUGCAAGCUCGAAGUCGGCUUUGGCCUGAUCUCAUCGCGGGCCAUGGGGAAAUGCUGUUGCGCGAAGUCCAGUCCACACCACGCACCGCCUCUUCUCUGCUUCUCACCCCUCCACCACUACAACGACGACAUACACCAGUUCUUUCAAUUCUCUUCCUCGUCUUCACUCUCAGAAACUCUCUACAAUUUCCUCAUCACAUUCUCUCGGCUGGACCACUGCCUGCUGAUCACGCUCGGAGGAAGCUCAAUCUACGCGAGCACACUCCGCUUCAUUGACUGACCAUUGACCAUCCAGUCCGACAGCAAACUUGAUCGGCGACUCUCGGAUACAAAUUCUCAACAUCGUCUCCUGCAAUUCCGCUGAUCUCGCCGAUUUUCGACGAGCCCGAAAUCCACCAUGCCGCCGUCGCCGCCGGCGCGGAGGAGCACACGCGGUGCUGCUCCGGCAGCACCAACAUCUACUACAUCCUUCUCUCUGUCUUCCAGCCGUCAAGACCGCAAUACGCGCGGAGGAAACGCACAGACAUCGGCGACACCCCGUUCACUUUCUUCAGAGGACAUCAGCGAGCCACCACGACGAAGUCAACGAGCACAACUCCUCCAGAAAGAGGACAGCCCUGGGAAGAGCGCAGAAGCGAUAGAUGAUCCGGAUGAAGAGGCGAUAGAUGAGGAGGAAAUUACACGCUGCAUUUGCGGACACCAAGAUUAUCCAGGCCCGCCUCUCAGCGAAGCCUUUGACAAUAUCCCGGAUGCACAGUCAGAAGACGCUGGUGGACUGUUCAUCCUGUGUGAUGGAUGCAGCGUCUGGCAGCAUGGAGGUUGCGUUGGAAUUGUCGAGGAGAGUCAAAGUCCGGACAAAUACUUUUGCGAGCUGUGUCGUCCAAAGCAGCACUCGGUGCAUAAGGAUGUCAACGGCGACAUCGCUCUCACACACCUACAACAUCUCCACACCACAUGCGACAGCGUCACCAUGGCGCGCUAUCACGACGCACCCACCCGACAUGCAGCAGCUAAAGUUGAGAACAACAGGCAGAAAUAUUCCCUCUACCUACCACUACAUCCGAAAGCCUCGCGAAAGGGCUCCGUCAGCAAGCAUGACGACAAAGCGAAGAAAGAGCGUGAUUUGGCAGCUUCUCGUGGGAGUGUCGAUCCUACUACCGGUAGGAGGAGGGGUACCAUGAGGAGUAAAGAGCACGACGAUGAAGAGGAACAACUGAAGCGAGCGAUUGAAGAGAGCAAGCGCGCGGCAGAUGGUGGUACGGGUACUGGUAGGAGGGUUGGGAAGCGCGGUCGCGACGAUAGCAGUGAAGACAAGCAUGAGAGCAAACGUCAGAGGACGGCCUCAAUGUCGGUACCAUCAGUCACCAGAACCGCCGAUCUCGAGGACGACACAGACGGAGAGGGAAAUCCCACUACCAGCAAGAUCAAGAAAGCCAAGGCAGAGGCAGCACAAUCCGCGCGACAAGUCAAGCAGGCUGAGCAAGAAAAGGAGAGGGAACGAGCAAGAGCCGAGGCCGCAAACCGUAGAUUGGACAGAGCGAGAAGUCGGCGAAACGACGAAGCAGAGCUGGACGACGAUGGAGCUGAGGUAGCCCCCAGCCAUCACGACUCCCCACCACCACCGUCCUCACAACCUCCAUCACCACCCGCACCCGUCGAGAAAAUAUCACACAAGAAAGGACCCGGCAAGAAACCAGGAAAGAAGCUCGGAAACAAUCAAUACACAAAACGCAACCUCGAACAAGCCGCCUCCAGCCCCUUUGGUCGAAAGAGAGGACUCCAAACCCAAGCCACGACCGGCAGUGGCGAUGAAGGACAAGACAGCGCGAACGCAGACACCAACGGCAACGGCACGAGCAAGACGAGUCCGAGCGCGGCGGAGAAUGGCAAUACCAAUGGCAAUGGCACGGGUCGGAAAUUUGGCCGACCAAAGAAAAAUGUCGUGAAUGGGAAUGGCAAUGGGAGAACGACGAUCAAUGCGGGUGAAGAGGUCGAGAAGACAUUUACGAAUAUGAGCUUGGCGCUGAACAAUAUGAGUGCGUAUAUUGCGAAGCAGCAGGGUGAGCUUGGACUGCCGGCAGUGGCGAGUGGUGUCAGUCCCGGCAGCGGUGGUGAGGAGUCGUUGUCGGCGGGUGGAGCUGUGCAGCCUCCUGGUGGUGGUGGGGACGGGGAGGGUGUUCAUAAGGUCGAGGUGGAAUCGAAGUUUGAGGAAUUGAGUAGUGCGGAGAUGGCGGUGAAGUUGCAGGAGAAUAUUGCCAGGUGGCAGGCGGAGUAUGGGCAUUUGGUGUCGUGA